AACGUCCUAUAGUUUAUUCUUAUCAAAUACAAUAAAUAGGCUUUAAAAUGGAUCUAAAUAGAUUGCCAAAUGAUAAAAAGCUGGAGCUCUGCAGGUGGUAUUUCAAAGUUGGCUGUGUAUUUCUCCCAUUUGUAUGGGCGGUAAACGCUGUAUGGUUCUUCAAGGAGGCGUUUGUGAAGCCAGCUUUCGAUGAACAAAAACAGAUAAAGAGAUAUGUAGUGAUGAGCGCUAUUGGCGCAAUCACAUGGUCGAUAGUCCUCUGCACAUGGGUGGCACUGUACCAAACUAGACGCGUACAGUGGGGCGCCGCCGGAGACGCAAUAUCGUUCAUUCUACCUUUGGGACGUGCAUAGGAAAAUCUCACUCUCAUACUCUAACCAUCAUCGACCAUGUUCACCUUAUAGCUGGGCUAGAAAGUCUUCUACACUUGUCCAACUUCGCUCGCAGGCUGCGUAGUAAGAUAAUUAGUAAAUUAAACUGCACAUGACUAGAAGAAUCAAGUGAUUCAAGCUUGCGGAUCCCCCACACAAUGUUACACAUAUUCUGGACCCACUGUAUCUGACCAGCUGCACCCGAGAAGACCUGCUAAAGGCAAUGGAUACUGCGGCUGGGUCAAAGAAAUGCAACCCCAGUUUGGUAUUUUAUUGGCUUUUGUCAUUGACUCAAGAAGAAGAAGAAGAAAGGUUCAAGCCCUCCAUGGUAACAAUGAAAACCUCUCCUCUGUUACUACAGACUCAGUGAUACUGAUUGCUCGGAAUCAAACUCAAGACUUUCUACAUAGGAGGCAAGCAUUUUCCUAACGAAACUGUCACUUACUCCAUCAUGUAUCAUAACUGACUAACAUAUGUAUCAAAACUUUUUUCUUAUCUAAAUCGUGUAUAUUUGUUUUUUCAAACAAUACAACAUUUCGAGCUCUGUACAGGUCUCCAUGGUCAGGGCGUAGUAAGAUGAUUUCUAAUAUUAAUUUGUCUAUGUAAUUAUACUUCUAUUCAUAACCAUAUGUAGAUGAUUAUUUCUAAGUAAGGAUAAUAACUGUUUGAUAACUAACAAGCAUCCACCGCGAAAGCCCUGGUUUGUGGUCGGCGCAUUUUCUAGAAAUGCAUUGGUCUUGGCCUUUAGACUAUGUACUGGCCACUUUCUUUAAAUAAAUUCUACCGUCUAAUAAAAAUAGCGGAAUCUCCACUACGUAAAUUCUGUAACAAACUUGAAGAUAUGCUACAUUUAAUGUAAUGUGGCCAUUAUGUGACUUUGAGAAACCAAUUUCAAUUAGGGGAUAUUUGGCAGGUUGGGGAAUUAAAUGUCAUGUUGGGUAAACCAUUGACGAAAAGGGCUAAAACUCUGUACUACAUGUGAGGUCUUGUCUCUCACUACGAGGCGACACGAUACAGCAGAAUAAUAUGAUCCACAAGGAUUGACAUCACAGGGCCGACAUUGACACUCAAGUGUUACAGGCGUUAUUAAAAAUAAGAGUAUAAAAAAAAUCUAACAAUAAUAAUGCCAUUUUGUACAGCCAUGAUCGUGAGAUCUGGGUAUUUUCUUCAAACAACUGCUCGUUGAGAUUCCACUGAGAUCAUAUUGCAAUCAUGAUCAUAGUUGUUAUUCAGCUAAAAUCUAGUUACAACUGCAGUCCAAUCUCAAUAGUGUCUUUUUUUUAAACUAUUUUUUAUUGGGGCUUUAGCCACCUUGAGUGCCUAUGUCAGCCUCAUGGGCGGAAUACUGGGUUCCCUACUCAAGAGACAUGUUCAAAAACUUGUACAGGAUCUCUGAGCCAACAAUUAAUUUGUCCAUUGCAUAAACUUACAUUCCCAAACAUUGUACGCCAUUACGGUUACAUUCCACCAAUACAUUAUACAGAUCCUCUAUUUUAUUGCAAGUACUGCACAAUGGGGAUGGUUUAAAACCCGUCAUAUGAAAGAAUUUAUUAGUCGGAAUGUGACCAGAACGCAGUGUAAAAGCCGAUAUAUGAUUUUUCCUUGCAUCUUAAAUCUUGCAUUUUAAAUUUUCACAUUAUAUCUCUUAACUCAACGAGACUUUAGGCCUCCUCCAGAUCUUUCCAGUGUACUAGAGCUACUCUUCUCCGACAUGGGCCUGUUGUUAGCUUCAGCUCAUCCUCCCAUCUUUGAUGUUGACGCCCUCUAUUACGUUUUCCAUCACAUGGUUACCAAUUGGUGACUACUUUGCUCUAUUUUUCCGGACCACGCAACAGAUGCCCAGUCCAACGCCGUUGUGCCUGAUCUAUCUUUGGAAGCACAUCACUUAACCUGGUUUGUCUCCUAACACUGUCACUCCUGACCGGGAAGUGAGCGUGCCUACAGCUCCGGUACCUAUCUGGAAAAUAUGUGUACGUGCACCCUUACAGAGAACCGGAUGAAGUACGUGCAAACGUGCUGAUCCGGUGUUAGGACCUGACUUAGAGGUCCCUGUGCGAGUCACAGUCACUGACAAGUCAUAGUGCCCUUCUCGUAUACCCUCAGGAUCGGUAGGGAGGGUCACUAUAAUCAAAAGUAAUGUAGAAAGAUAUGGGGCUGUCAAUCUUGAUGUUUUGAAUUUUCCUCCAGCCGAGCAUGCUGUGCUCCAUUGCUCGUUGACCCACCUGUAGUUUGCUUCUGUGUACUCUAUUUAGUGACCAUGUUUCGCACUCAUAAGUCAGGCAUGGAACAAUGCAUAGGUUGAAAAUCUUUCUUUUCACGGUCAUGGGUAAGUCUUUGCUUUUCGUUAUUUCCUUUAGAGUCCAGUAUUUCUUCCAGCCGCUUGCCAGUCUAUUCUUCUAAUUACUAUGCAUGUCUUAUUUUUUAUCUCGUUUAAUGACCAACUUAAUUUUCAAAUUAAAAUAGUUAUAAUACACUAUUAGUAGGCUACACCAGUGAAGUGCCGGCAGCUGGCCUUUGAAGAGUAGAAUACCAAAUGUACAAAACCCUGCCAUCACAGACAUAUCUAGUAAUAUGUCUGUGCCUGCCAUUGUCACACAACCUAGAUGAUUGAAAAUUAGCAGAUCAAUUAAAAGACAUUGGUCUGUUAGGAGAGGUUUAAUGCUGAGCAACCCGUUGACAAAGAGUGCUGAAACUCUAUACUCUUAUGUGAGGUGAUGAGGAGCAAUACCUCUCAUGGGAGUAGUGACAGAUAAAGGAGGACAGUUAUUUGUAUGUAUACAUCCAUUACGAGGCCGACAUAAACGCUCGAAGGCCUCUUAAAACUAGUUUUUAAAAAUUUAAAGACUUGGCGCCCUGUAAAGAACCCGAAACGUUGGUUUAUUUGAAAAAAAAAACAAAUAUGCGCUAUUUAGAUUCGAAAAAA